AUGACGAGCAAUAUCAGCUCCGCUCUCCCCGGCCACUCUGCCAAUGGCUCGGGACACGGCGAUUCUGAAUCGACCCCGCUUCUUCCCACCGUGACGAGUCGUCUUCCGACCAUCGCGCAUGAAGGCGAGAGUGGCCGAAGAGGCUUCCAUCCUCGUCGCUUCCUGACUGUGCUCUGGCGGAGCUCAUGCACGGCUUCAAUGCUCGUCAACGUGCUCUGGCCGUUUGUCCCCAUCGCCAUCAUCCUCCAGUUCUUCCCCGGCCUACAUCUCUGGAAAUUUGCAACCGCGUACAUCGCCGUCAUUCCGAGCGCUAAUCUUCUCGGCUUUGCGGGUCAAGAGUUUGCGCGAAAGAUGCCCAAGGUGGCUGGUAUUCUCAUCGAGACGACCUUUGGAUCCAUCAUUGAGAUUAUCCUGUUCAUUGUCUUGAUCGCGAAACACGACGUGGAUUCUUCGGAAGGAAAUGGGGAUGAAAACAACCUUAUUCCCAUCAUCCAAGCCGCAAUUCUUGGCAGCAUCCUUACAAACUUGCUCCUCUGCCUCGGACUGUGCUUCUUCUUCGGCGGCCUUCGACAGGCCACUCAAAAGUUCCACGCCAUCGUGAGUGAGGUUGGUACGGGUCUGCUGCUGGUAGCUGCCUUUGGUCUCCUCAUCCCUAGCGCGUUCUACUCUGCCCUCAAGUCCGAGGUGGUGCCCGAGAUUCCAGGUCUACACGUGCUUCACGAAAAGUUCACAGAGGGCAAAUUGCAGGAGGAUGUUCUGCGUAUCAGCCAGGCCACCUCUAUUGCCCUAAUUGUGGCCUUCUUCCUCUACAUCUGGUUUCAGGCUAGUAGCCAGCACAGCAUCUUUGACGAGGUUAUUGAGAUGGAUGAACACCGUGACGCCGACCGCGAGGCGGAUAUGGAGAAGCCCAAGUUCACCAUGACUGAAGCGUUGCUUGCCAUUGGCAUCUCGCUCGUCUUUGUGACUCUGCUUCUCGUGUUCCUGGUUGAAAAGAUUGAACAUGUUGUUGAAAGUGGUGUCCCCGACCAGUUUCUGGGAUUGAUUCUGUUGCCUCUUGUGGAGAAGGCGGCUGAACACUUGACUGCCAUUGAUGAGGCAUGGGAUGGCGUCAUCAACGUAGCUCUCUUCCAUUGCAUUGGACCCAGCAUCCAGACAGCCCUUUUCAACGGCCCUCUGGUCGUCCUCAUCGCCUGGGCUAUGGGAAAACCCCUGGACCUGAACUUUGAGAUCUUCAUGAUCGUUCUGCUCGUCCUGUCUAUCCUGGUGGUUGGAAACUUCCUUCGAGAUGGUGAAUCUAACUGGUUGGAAGGCGCGUUGCUUGUUGUUAUUUAUGCUAUCGUAGCAAUUGCCAGCUAUUACUAUCCCAACCCCGACGUGGCCACUUCUAACGGCCUGGAGGGAGCGGAGAUGGUCAAUGUCACCAUGAGCGUUGAUACGCUGCGCCAGCUGCAGCAGCUGAUCAGCGCGAAGCUUGCGGAGUAA